GUAACAAGAAUCGAGCUGAAGAUGCAGUAAGAAUGAGCGGCUGCGUGUUGUAUCUCGGAUGGGACAGCAUGUGAAUGCAUGAAGCGAUGAAGUAAGGGGUAUAAGACUGCGGGGGCUCUUGGAUUUGGAUCCGAGUGCAAAACAGAUUUCCGUUCUCGUCAGCAAGUUCCUCGCUUGAAGAAGUGAGCACGACGACUAUCGCCAACAACGCCUUGACAGUUGACAACCUCACCAUCACCACCACCAUAGCAACAAUAGCCACCCAAUAUCUGAAAGGUGUAAACCACCACACCUCAUCAAAAUGCCCAACACCCCGUCCAAACCAAACGGUACCACCUCUGCCGCCUCGUCCAAUGGAGACGACAAGGGCAAGAAGCAGGUUGAACUCCAACCCUCCUUCACACCCACCCUCCUCGAACGCCUCGGCAUCACCUCCUUCCACCUCCUCAACAAGUUGAUCCCAUGGUACAAACUCCCCGGUUUUAUCGGCGCCUUCAACCUGGCCUUUCUACGCAUCGAGCUUCGACAAUACAAUCUGCACGACGCCUAUGCGUCUUCCCAAGCCCAAGGCAGUUCCAUCACCGACCCUCUUCCCAACGAACGCUACCUGGGCGCUCGUCACUCCGAUGGCAAGUUCAAUGACUUGAAACAGCCAAAGAUGGGAUGCACGGGCAUGAGGUUCGGGAGGAAUUUCCCGCGGGAGGUUUGUGGAAAACCGAGCGAGGAGGAGCUGAUGACGCCGAAUCCGAGGAUGAUCAGUGAGAGGUUUAUGGCGAGGAAGGAAGGAAAGUUCAUCCCGGCGACGACACUAAAUCUGUUGGCGGCGGCGUGGAUCCAGUUCCAGACGCAUGAUUGGUUUUUCCAUGAGCAGGACCCCCACGAGAAGUUCAACGUCCCGCUCUCUGAGGACGACAAGUGGCUUGACCAGCACAUGCAGUUAUACGCCACCAAGCCAGACGAGACUCUCGACCCAUCCGACGUCAAGUGUCCCGGGUACAAGAACCUCAACACCCACUGGUGGGACGGAUCACAAAUCUACGGCUCCUCCGAGUCCGUAACACACACGCUCCGCAACCGUCAUCCAGACGGAAAGUUGUCCCUGGACAGUCGCGGGCGUGAGCAAUUUCUCCCUCGGGACCAGGAUGGAAAUGUCUUGACGGGCUUCAACGACAACUGGUGGGUGGGAAUGGAGAUCCUGCACACUCUUUUUGCGCUGGAGCACAAUGCCAUUUGUGAUGCGCUGCGCAAGGAGUAUCCCGAUUGGAGCGGAGACCAGAUAUUUGACAAGGCGAGGCUGGUGAACUGUGCAUUGAUGGCCAAGAUCCAUACGGUCGAGUGGACACCGGCGAUUCUGGCGCAUCCGGCGUUGCAGAUUGGAAUGGCUGCCAACUGGUGGGGAAUUGUCGGAGAGAAGUUGACCAAGAUCGCCGGAAGUGUUGAACAAACCACUACAAUAUUAGAAGCGUACUAA